GAGUUAGUAAGCCCACCCAUUAAGCAGGCGGACGUCUUGGAAAGCCGGCAGGGGUGACGCAAGGAGAAUCGGAGUUUUACUCGCUCUGCGCCAAUGACGGGCGGGGCUGCCGCCGCUUCGAGACCUACUUAGGUCAUGAUGAAAGGAGGACUCGGAAGGUGGCAUGGAUCGGAGAUAAAAAGCUAGAUAGCUGGGAGGCGUAUAAAGAGGCCUGUCUACUCGGUGCUGGAUGGAUACAUUUCUCAGGCUUUGUUUUACGCUUCUCUUGGGACGGCUGCAUUCUUCAACUGAUUGACUUACCCGAUUCGCUCGCAUUCUUGAGUUGGAUUGUGACACGGAGACUUGAGAUAACGCAAUGGCGCCCUCGAUCCCUAAGACCUGCCGCGCCGUCGUCCUCGAGAAGCCCGGCGCGCCGUGGGCUAUCAAGGAGGUGCCGGUUCACGAGCCGGGCCGCGGCGAGGUCUUGAUUAAGGUGCAUGCGUGCGGCGUGUGCCAUUCGGAUGCUUUUCUGCAGCAGGGGGCUUUUGGGCCUUUAGGUACCUUCCCGCGCAUCCCCGGCCAUGAAGUCAUCGGCACCGUAGCCGCCGUCGGCCCUGACGAGAAGAAGUGGAAGGUCGGUGACUUGGUCGGCGGGCCAUGGCAUGGUGCUCACGAUGGGCUGUGCAAGGCGUGUAAUCGCGGGUUGUACCAGAUGUGCAAGAACGGGCUCAUCAAUGGCGUGAAUCGGGACGGUGGAUAUGCCGAAUACUGCACCCUCCGCACCGAAGCCGUCGUCCGUAUCCCAGCCGGCGUGGACCCCGCCGAAUACGCACCACUCCUGUGCGCCGGCGUCACCGUCUUCAACGGCAUCCGCAACAUGAACAUCAUUCCAGGCGACACAGUUGCUGUUCAGGGUCUUGGUGGGCUGGGCCAUCUUGCGAUUCAGUAUGCGCGGCGCAUGGGAUACCGGACCGUCGCGCUGUCGACGAGCAGCAACAAGAAAGACUUUGCAAUGCAGCUCGGCGCGAAUGAUUACAUCGAUACGAGCAAGGAAGAUGCGGCGGAGGCGCUGCAGAAGAUGGGCGGGGCGAGCUUGGUUGUGGUGACGGCGCCGAAUCCGGAGGUCAUGGGUCCGUUGGUCAAGGGCCUGGGGCCGCUGGGGAAGGUGUUGAUUCUUGCUCCUGUUGGCGAGAUCCCGGUCGACACUGUUUCGCUCGUCAUGAAUGGUACCUCGGUCCAUGGAUGGCCAUCUGGGCAUGCCCUCGAUAGCGAGGAGGCGAUCAGCUUCGCUCAGUACCAGGGCGUCAAGUGCAUGGUGGAGAAGUUCCCGUUCGAUAAGGUGGAGGAUGCGGUGAAGCAUAUGGAGAGUGGCAAGGUGCGCUUUAGGAGUGUCAUCGUGAUGGACUAAGAAAGUGCUCGGGCUGUUUAACUGACGAAAAUAAUGGAAACAAUGAAACUACCGUAGUUCAUGCGCUUACCAUUGCUUUCCCAUAUUGUGGGAGAAGCAGCUACGUCGCUGGGGUAUUGACGGCCGUCUCGCAGUGGCUAUGCGUCCGACGAGAAAAUGGCGAAGGGGAUGCCUCAUGCGAUAUAUUGAUG